AUGCACCCGCCUCCACUACCUAACUGGCUUCGAGAAGAGCUUCUAAAGAAAAAAUCAACUCUAGUGAGUGCUUCAGUGCAACAUCCGACAAAUUCUGAUUCCAUGGAAUCUGAAGAUGCCGCAGAACCACCAAAAAGAGCUAAGCAAACUGGCAGUAGAAGCAUUGGUACAACAAAACCAAUCGAAGUUGAUGAGGAUGAAGUCGAAGCGGCACGGAUGGCAUCAGUCAACAAGGAAAUUAAACGUGUGUUGACAGAAGUUCUUCUGAAGGUUUCUGAUGAUCUUUUUGAUGAGACCGCAACCAAAGUUAUGAAUGAAGAUGAUUUAUGA